AUGGGAAUCAACCAGACCGACUUCGACAACAACGACAAUAACUUCGUCAAAAACACCAUCAACACUGUCGAGCUCAACAUUCUCAUCAACCUCAACUUCGACAUUCACAGACUCUAUAUCAUCAACAACAACAGCACCAUCAGCAUCAACAUCAUCGUCAGUAUCAUCGAACACAACAAGCUCAUCCAUAUCACCAACGACAACAGAGAUCACUACCAUGUCGAUCAUAACUACUCAAAGCUCCAUAUCAUCAUCCACUUCAAAAAUCACAAACGUGGAUACGAGCACAACAAUCUUCACUUCAACCAUGGCACAAAUGAACACCACAGUGAUAUCAUCAACUGGGACUGCAUCAACAACAAUACACGAAUACGAUACUACAAAAUCAACAACAACAUCCACAACAAAAACAUUGUCGACUUCAACGACAAGGACAUCGACGACUUCAUCCAUCCCUUCUUCUACAUCAGGGUCAAGUCUCACGUCAUCGACUACAACAUCAACAACAACAACUUGUGA